AUGAUGAUAGAGAAAGAGAAGGAGACAGAGAAAGAGAAAGAGAGAGAGAAAGAGACAAAGACAGAGAAAGAGAAAGAGAUAGAGAAGGAGACAGAUAUAGAGAAAAAGAAAGAGAUAGAGAAAGAGAAAGAUACAGAAGAGAUAGAGAAGGAGACAGAGAAAAAGACAAAGAAAGAGAAAGAGGAGACAGAGAGGGAGACAGAGAAAGAAGAGACAGAGAAGGAGACAGAGAAAGAGACAAAGAAGAAAGAGAAGCAGACAGAGAAAGAGAAAGAGGGAGAGAAUAUAGAGACAGAGACAGAGACAGAGACAGAUAUAGAGAUAGAGAAGGAGACAGAGAAAAAGAAAAAGAAAAAGAAAAAGAUAGAGAAAGAGAAAGAGAAAGAGAAAGAGGAGACAGAGAGAGAGAAAGAGGAGACAGAAGAGACAGGAACGGAGACAGAGAAAGAGACAGAGAAAGAGAUAGAGAAAGAGAGAAAGAAAAAGAUAGAGAAAGAGACAGAGAUAGAGAGAAAGAAAGAGAAAAAGGAGACAGAAGAGACAGAGAAAGAGAAAGAGGAGACAGCAGGGAUAGCAGCAGCAACGAGGAUGAAGCUGCUGCUGCUGCUGCUGCAGCAGCAACAAAAAAAACAGCAGCAGCAGCAGCAGCAGCAGCAGCAGCAGGCAUGCAGGGGGCCCUAG